UAUAAAAUGAUUUCAAAAAAAAAAAAAGAGAAAAAAAGAAAAAGGGUCCAAAUAGUAUAGCAAGUACAUGACAAUAACUAAUUUAUCUAGGGUUUAAUUAUUAGUGGGUUUCGAUCAAUUGAUAUGGCGAAUCAACUCUACGGCUACAACACUUCAUCAUACGGAGCAGCACCAGCUGCCGCUGCUGCCACCUCCAGUCUCUCCUCUGUCUACGACUCUCGUUCUCUUUCCGACCGGACUAUCCUCCGCUACAUCGGGUCGGAUCCAUCGACCACCAAGUACGCUCUUUCCGAUCUUCACCGUCGUUUUCUUCUUCGUACCUCCUCCGCUGCCGCCUCCUCCCCUACCAGCUCCAUGUACGAAGGUCUCCGCUACUCCACAACGCCAAAUGCCACGUCGCAUUUGGUCUCUCAGGCUUCAUGGCCCUCCGCGGAUGUAGCCGCCGCGGACCCCCUCGCCGGCAUCAAACGCCCCUCUGAAGCGCUCUACCAUCAGACUGUUUUGGGUGCCCAUAAUGCGAUUGGGCAAACUGAAGCUUGGUAUUCUACAAACUCUUUAGCCAAGCGCCCUAGAUUCGAGAGUGCAAGCAAUUUGCCUAUAUAUCCACAGAGGCCAGGGGAGAAGGAUUGUGCCUACUAUAUGCUCACGAGAACCUGUAAAUUUGGAGAUGGCUGCAAGUUUGACCAUCCUAUUUGGGUUCCUGAGGGUGGAAUCCCAGAUUGGAAAGAGGUUCCACCUCUUGCUAUAAGUGAAUCCCUUCCUGAGAGACCAGGGGAGCCAGAUUGUCCAUACUUUCUGAAAACUCAAAGAUGCAAAUUUGGUUUGAAGUGCAAGUUUAAUCAUCCAAAAGAUAACUUAGUGACUCUGUGUACUUCAGAAGAUGCCGGCAUAUCUGCCUUACCUGAGAGACCAUUUGAGCCCCCGUGUGCAUUCUAUAUGAAGACUGGAAAAUGCAAAUUUGGCUCAACCUGCAAGUUCCAUCACCCAAAAGAUAUUCAGAUAUCAUUUGGACAACAGAAUGAUAAUGGUGAAAAGACUGAAUCAACAAUUACGACAGAGUGGGCACCUGCUGAUGGAACACCUGCUAAUCCUCUUACUUCGUAUACCCCAGCAUUAAUAUAUAACUCCAAGGGACUUCCUGUAAGACUGGGUGAAGUGGAUUGUCCAUUCUACCUGAAAACUGGCAGUUGCAAGUAUGGUGCAACUUGCCGCUACAACCAUCCUGACCGUUAUGUAAUUAAUCCACCUGCUGCUGCAUUAGGCCAUCCCAUUGUAGCCUCCCCAGCAACUAAUCUGAAUAUUGGGGUUGUCAAUCCAGCUGCCUCUAUUUAUCAGACUAUUGACCCUAGAUUGGCUCAGCCAACGGUGGGAGUGGGCCCAACUAUCUAUCCUCAACGACCUGGACAAAUUGAAUGUGAUUACUAUAUGAAGAUGGGGGAGUGUAAGUUUGGGGAAAACUGCAAGUUCCAUCACCCUAUUGACCGUUCUGCUCCAUCACUGUCAAAGCAAGCUCUGCCACAAACUGUCAAGCUCACUCUUGCCGGAUUACCUAGGAGAGAGGGUGCUAUCAUCUGCCCGUAUUACUUGAAAACCGGCACAUGCAAGUAUGGUGCAACCUGCAAGUUUGACCACCCGCCUCCUGGAGAGGUAAUGGCAAUGCAAGCAUCACAAGGAACAUCAACAUCCACGUCUGUUGGAGGGGAUGAAGAAGAGGCUGAAUAGGUUCAUGAACAGCAACAUUGAGGGUCUGUCUUUCUAUAGGAUUCAUUUUAUUUGCCUUUGUUUUUCUUAUGAUGCUCAAACUUAAUUUGACAUACACUGCGCAUAUGAUUUGUCCUACUAACCACUGUGUUGUGUGAUUUGUGGCAACUGGCAAGGCAUCACUGAUGGACCCAAAUUACCAUUGGUUGUUGUCAUGUUUGUGCAUAUAUUUACUUGUGGAGUGACUUUGAUCUGUGAUGAUAGGGCUUAUGUGCGGUAAAAAAACAACAGCAUGUGUGCUAGAGUUUUUUUCAAUGGUCCAGAUUUAAUUUCAAAUA